GUAAAUUACGUGCUUUUUGAAACAGCCUAUGGUUAUGCUCUAUUUGAAUGCCUGCAAAGUGAGGAAAUUGGUUCCAAACUUGCAAAUGUUCAAAAAGCUGUUCAAGAUUUGGCAAAAUUUGGAAAAAUAAUGAAGCUUAAAUCAUUUGUUCCUUUUAAAAAUGCUGCUCACGCUUUGGAGAAUGCAAAUGACAUAUCUGAAGGAGUUUUAAAUAACCAUCUCAAAAAUUUCUUGGAGAUGAACCUUCCAAAGCCCGGAAAAAAGAAAAAUCCUAUACUUGGUGUUGUAGACAAGAAUUUAGCGAGUUCAAUUAAAGUUGAAUUAGGAUUCGAUUGUGAAACCAGUGAGAUUGCAUUAGAACUUGUUCGCGGCAUUCGAUUACAUUCUGAUAAAUUAUUAAAUCAAGUGAAAGAAGGUGAACUCGUUAAGGCGCAACUUGGAUUGGGCCAUAGUUACUCUAGGGCAAAGGUUAAAUUCAACGUUAAUCGUGCUGACAAUAUGAUAAUCCAGGCUAUAUCUUUGUUAGAUCAAUUAGACAAAGAUAUUAAUACAUUUGCUAUGAGAGUUAGAGAAUGGUAUUCAUGGCAUUUUCCGGAACUUGUAAAGGUCGUUAACGAUAAUCAUAUGUAUUCUAUUCUCGCCAAAUUCAUUCGAAACAAGAAUGAUUUAACUGAAGAACAUUUGGAAGCUAUUACAGAAAUAACAAAAGAUGAAUCAAAGGCAAAACAAAUUAUUGAUGCAGCUCGCGUAUCAAUGGGCACGGAUAUUUCCGAAUUGGAUAUGAUAAAUAUCGAGCACUUUGCUGAUCGUGUGAUCAAUCUUGCAGAAUAUCGUAAAAAUUUACACGGAUAUUUGUUAUUUAAAAUGAAUAACGUGGCACCCAAUUUAUCGGCAUUAAUUGGUGAAGUUGUUGGCGCCAGGCUGAUUUCUCACGCUGGAAGUCUGGCGAAUCUCUCAAAAUAUCCCGCUUCUACUGUACAAAUUUUAGGAGCUGAGAAGGCAUUAUUUAGAGCUCUUAAGACGAAAGGAAACACACCAAAGUAUGGUCUUCUAUAUCAUUCGUCUUUUAUUGGACGAGCAGGAACUAAAAACAAAGGCAGGAUUUCUCGAUUCUUGGCCAAUAAAUGUACAAUUGCAUCACGAAUAGAUUGUUUUACUGAUAAACCUACUUCAAAAUUUGGGCUGGCUCUUAAAGAUCAAGUUGAAGAAAGACUGAAAUUUUACGAAUCUGGGGCUGCUGUUACAAAAAAUGCUGACGUCAUGAAAAAAGUAAUUGAAGAGCUUGAAGAAAGUGAUGAGAAGAUGGAUGUUGAUCAAAUUCAACCUGCACCGUCCGUUAAGCGUAAAGCUUUAGAAACAACGAGUGAAGAAAUUUCUCCUCCUAAGAAACACAAGAAAUCAAAAACACUAUUGGAUGUAAAAACGAAAGAAAUUGAUGUUGAAGAAACAACUUCAAAGCCUAAAAAAAAGAAAAAAGAGGACAAAGUCGAAGAAACUGAAGAAACUGUUGAAGAAACAACUUCAAAGCCUAAAAAAAAGAAAAAAGAGGACAAAGUCGAAGAAACUGAAGAAACUGUUGAAGAAACAACUUCAAAGUCUAAAAAAAAGAAAAAAGAUAAAAAGAAAGAUGCUAAGAAAAAAGAAAAAAGUUGA